UCCCGGGAGCGCAUUCAAGAUGGCGGGUCAUUUCUCAGAAUUUGGGCUACUGCCAGAGAUUUGCCAGGCAGUGGAAGACAUGGAUUGGUUUCUACCAACUGAUGUACAGGCUGAGGCUAUCCCGCUUAUCUUGGGAGGUGGAGAUGUUCUCAUGGCAGCAGAGACUGGAAGUGGAAAAACAGGAGCAUUUUGUCUUCCUGUCAUUCAAAUAGUCCACGAGACCGUUAGAGAUGCCAUGGCAGGCAAAGCUCCUAAAUCCCUACCAAAAACAGCUGGUGGUGGGUCUCAAGUGUUCAAAAUGAACCCAUAUGAUAGAGAUGRAAACUUUGCCAUUAAUGAAGAUGGAUUAUUAUGUCAAAGCCGUGAGCUAUACAAAUGGCAGGGAUGCCGAUCAACUCUUGGUGUCAGAAAGGGAAAGUUCUAUUACGAAGCAACUGUUACUGAUGAAGGCUUGUGCCGUGUGGGAUGGUCAACAGCUGAAGCAACCCUUGAUCUAGGAACUGAUGAUGCAAGCUUUGGCUUUGGUGGUACUGGUAAAAAGUCGUGUGCAAGACAGUUUGACACUUAUGGAGAGGCGUUUGGUAUUAAUGAUGUCAUUGGAUGUUACAUCGAUCUGGACUUUGGAAGUAUUAAGUUCUCCAAAAAUGGGAUUGACUUUGGCGAGGCCUUUGCCAUCCCCAAAAAAUUUAAUGGAAAGCCAUUCUUUGCUGCUGUAGUACUGAAGAAUGCAGAGAUGAAGUUCAACUUUGGUGAUUCUAACUUUUCAUUUCCUCCAAAGGGUGGUUUUAUAGCGUUAUCCAAAGCACCAAACGAUGCAGCAGCCACUAAUAAUAUCUUAAAUGUAGGAGACCCAUCAGCAAAUAAAGUUAUUCCAGAAACAGCUUCCUGACCCAAAGAUUAAGUCAGUGUUGUUGGUUGGUGGUGAGAAUACUAAAGAUCAGAUAAGAGCUAUUAAUGAAGGGGUUGAUAUAGUGACGGGAACCCCUGGUAAGCUGAGUGACUUCAUAUCAACAGACAAGAUAAGUUUACACCAGGUCAGCUUUUUCAUUCUUGAUGAAGCGGAUGGUCUGCUUGCACAAGGAAACAACGACCUCAUAAUGAAAAUAUAUAACAAGAUCCCCAAGACAAGCCCAACAGGGAAACGAUUACAGAUUAUUACAUGUUCUGCAACUCUUCACUCCUUUGACGUGAAAAAAUUAGCCGAUCGUAUUAUGCACUUCCCCACAUGGGUGGAUCUCAAGGGACAAGACAGUGUACCUGAAACGGUACAUCACGUGGUUUGUCAUCUGGAUCCACGAACUGACACGUCAUGGAUGAACCUGAAGAAUGCUGUUCAAACUGAUGACAUACACUAUCGUGACAAGAUCAAGCCCGGCAGCCAAACACCAGAAACGCUCUCAGAAGCAGUCAAGAUCUUGAAGGCGGAAUACCUUAAGAAAGCCAUUGAUGUGCACCAAAUGGACACUGCGAUCAUCUUCUGUCGCACAAAGAUCGAUUGUGAUAACAUAGAACAGUAUUUACUGCAGCAUGGUGGAGGGCCAAAGUCUAUGAUAAAUAAGUACUCUUGUGUAGUUCUUCAUGGAGAUCGGUCACCGCAAGAAAGAAAGACAAAUCUGCAGCUGUUUAAGGAUAAUGAGGCUCAGUUUUUGAUUUGCACUGAUGUGGCUGCUAGGGGAAUAGACAUCAAGGGAGUGCCUUAUGUUGUCAAUGUAACCUUCCCUGAUGAUAAACAGAACUAUGUUCACAGAAUUGGUCGAGUAGGAAGAGCAGAAAGAAUGGGGCUUGCUAUUUCUCUUAUAUCUGAUGUCAAAGAAAAGGUGUGGUAUCACUCGUGUCCAAGCAGAGGGAAAAACUGUAACAACACACGGUUAAAAGAGCAGGGGGGAUGUGCAAUCUGGUAUGACGAAGUUCAGUAUCUUGCAGACGUAGAAGAUCACCUGGGUGAAACUAUCCCUGUGGUCUCUUCAGACUUGAGGGUGGAAAGUAACGAGUUUGACGGCAAGGUCGUGUAUGGAGAAAAAAGAGGCAAAGGCAUGGCUUUUGAAACCCACGCAUCCGAAUUGGCACCAUCAGUGAGAGACUUGGCUAGUCUUGAACAGAAAGCCCAAUCAUCAUUUUUGGAUUUAAAGCAUCGUAAAUGGAUGAUAAAUGCAUACUAAGAUGGGCUAGUAUUGGGAGAAUGAAUUACACGAUGGUGAAACUGCUACAGUCGUGGCGUGAGACCAAUGGAUAUUGGUGGAAUCAGAUCUUGGAAAACACAAUGUGCGCUUGCCUGCUGGGAAAAGACGAACAUUAAGUACUUGAAAUAGCAGAUAUCAGAGUUACAUUAUAUUGCCUUCAAACAAUUGUUACAUUUGGGACAUUUUCUAUGUAUUUAUUGUAUCGACCCAAAUGCCUAGACUUGAAACAAUUUAUUGUCUGAAGGCAAUAGAGUGUAACCCUAAUAUCUGCUAUUUAGAUAAAU